AUGGAAGACUCGCUUUACAAUAGUUUCCGCUGGCUAGAUGAAGAUACAGAUAUCGACUUAAGUCUGGACAACUACCAGCAGCAGAUAGCGACUCCGCAAUCGUGUCUCCCACCGAAAAGAAGGCCGUCUUUCAGAAGAACACUGUCUUUCAACUCAGUUAAUCUGUCUCGCAAGUCGACCUCGUUGGCGUCUUAUAGAAAGACCCCAGUCUCUAGUCCGACCAUCGAAUCCCAAUCUGUCUGCGCAAGUCGCUCCUCUUUUUCCCAACCGACGAAUAAAAGCAAAUCCCGUCAUAUAUCGCAAUCUUCGACCUCCAGCAUCGAUCCUUCUGCACAGUACUACCACGACCCAGAAGCUCGCCUUAAGCUUCGAGUCUUCCUCGCAUCUCCACAGAAAUUUGAUGAGGCAAUUGAAUUUGGAUUUCCUGCAUUGAAAGAAAAGGAGUCCCCAAUCCAGGACUCUGUUCAGCCAAGUUCAAGUUUUCGGAUCCAUAAAUUUAAAGGUACAUUCCUGGAAGAGGAGGAUGAUGAUGACGACGACGACGACAACGACGUUGAUAUACCCGUACGCGGUACCAAAAAUGGUCCAUGCUCAAAGUUUUCACGGCUUUCUCAUGUUACAAAGGGCCCUCAAGACUCGCGUGAUACGUCUUUCGUGGACAACAAGAGGGAUUCGACGAUGCCACCGGCAGAGCCGUAUCUUCAGCAGCAGACCCUGAACUCUCGGGAAAUGACGUUGAGAAUGACUCUCACAAGACCAGAUCUUCGAGAUGACUCCUGUCUUACCCCUACCACAACGACCGAACCGUUGCCCUUGACUCAUGAUAUAUCUGAGUUCUGGGAUCAGGACACGAAUGACCAAAAUGUGAUGAAAAGGAUGUGGCGCAAGUUCCGUCGACGGAGAGAUUAA